AUAGAUAGGCUACACUUCCGUAGCAAGCUAGCUAAAAUCCAAGAAGCUAGCUUGCUACGGAAGUCUAUCCAUAGAUAGGCUACACUUUCGUAGCAAGCUAGCUUCUUGGAUGUCAUCAGCAAGUGACAUGUUUUGCCAUUAGUUAUUCCUUCAAUUCAAUAGUGUUUUUCACCUUCUUUAUGAAAAUGCUGGCACUUUGCCUUCCAUUUUGGGUUAUAUAUGAAUUCAUGGUAAAACAGUGUCUGCUUUUGGAACACACAUCAAGAAUCACGUCAUGAAGGGCGGGGUGCUGCUGCACGGAGCAGCUCACUGCGCGGCACACCAGAACCGGCACCGGGACCACUAGGACUAAGACCAUUACCAGCACCGGGACAAAGAUGGGCGUGGAGAAGGAGAAAUCGGACACAAGUGUCAUCAUGGACGAAGAUGAGUUCAACAGGUCUAUCGAACCCAUCCUGACCAAGAAAGGGAAAGUGUUCGCUGCCGCACCGGACCGAGAUCCGAACGACAUCAACGCACACCUCAAGGUGGGCUUCGAGGACGUCAUCGCCGAGCCCACGUCCACUAGGACCUUCGAUAAAGUGUGGAUCGCCAGCCACGCCCUCUUCGAAGUGGUCAAGUUCAUCUUCUACCGACUACUCACUGCCCUGCUGGCCGUGCCUCUGGCCUUCAUCCUCGGACUGCUCUUCGCCAUCCUCAGCCUCAUCCACAUCUGGGUGGUGAUGCCGGCUAUCCAGAGCCUCCUGAUGCUGUUGCCAUCAGUGCAGGUGGUGUGGAGGAGCCUGACGGACAUGUUUGUCAUGCCCUUCUUCCGCAGCAUGGGCAAGACCUUGUCCUCCAUCCACGUCCAAACCAUGGACCACUGACAAGGACAAGAAGAAAUAAGCUUGUUAAGCUCUGCAUGAGAAGUCACAAGCUGCUGCCAUACAUUGGAUCCAUACCAACGCUAAUGAUGACCUAAUCCAACCAUGAAGACGUUGAAUGUGUCACCCAGAUGGACUCAUUUGGAGAUGUUUAUGAUGUUUCAGAGGUUUCUUGCUUUGGGGAUUGGAUGUGAAUGACCUUCUCCAAGAUGGCAUGAAGGGCUUAUUCAUUACUCUUAUGUCCUUCAGGUGUAUGGCUGACCUCCUGCAGCUCGUUGAGGCAAUUGGUCUCAUUUGUGGUCCAGCCUUUACCAAAGAAUGUUAGGACCACGUUGAAGAGAAGACUAAAUUAAAUAUUAUGACAGUAAAGUCCAAAUAUUACAUUAGUGAAAUAUUAAUUUUACAAGAUUGUGUUUAUAAUAUUACAAAUAAAAUAUAAUUUUACGAGUAAGUAAAGUGAAUAAUUUAUUACAAGACCAGAAUUUUUAUUUUAGCUUAAAUAUUAUAUGAAUUAAAUUAAAAUUUUACAGGAAUGCACUUAUAAUUUUCAGACUAUAACGUCAAAAUAUUACGUUUGUAUGUUUUCAUUUGACACAGAGUUGUAGGAGAAACUAUGGUAUUGGUUUUGAUUCAUUCUUUCAGGUUCCAUUUGCGUGUCACAUGUUUACAAUUAACAACUCAUCAUAUCCAAAAAGAAGUCGGAAUAACCAGAUAUUAUUACAUUUAUUUAAUCCUACUCCUGUGUAAUAUAUAAUAUUAUGACAAUUCACUCAAAAUAUCACAGGGGGAAAAGUCUCAAUUGAGAGAAAAUAUUACAACAAUUGUGUGUGAAUUUUACCAGAAUUAAGCUGCGAUAUUGCGAGAAAAGAAUAAUUUAAUUUGACUAUUUUGGGGGGAAAUGUGGAAAUUCUGAGAAUAAAUUGAAAUUUUUACAGUAUUACAAUUAUGUAUGGAACUUACUAGAAGAAGUUGUGGUAUUACAAAGAGAAAAACAACAGCAUUUUAUGAGACUUAAAUGAAAAUAUUAGAGGAAAGAAUUCUAAUUCUGGGAGGAUGUAGUAAAAAUAUGACAACAAUCCUGUAUAACGUAAAGCCAUGAAAUUACGAGGGCAGAAAAAAAACAUUUUCGGUAGGUGUGUGAGGAUUAGGGUCACCAUAAUUGAGAACCGGUCUAGAAUAAAAGUUUGUGGAUAAUAAAGGUUUGUGUUGAAGUUAAGAUAGUGAAGAUGAAACAUCUUGAAGAAACUUGAAACAUCUUAUCAUCAGAGUUAUAUUAAUAUUAAUUAGUAUUAAAUUAUUUUCAACAUGGGAUGGAUGUACUCUAUAUCAGUGGUUCUCACACCAUCACCCCUCAAUGACAAACAGCAACCCAAAUUGCUGACAUUUUUCAACUAAAACCUUGUCUUAAAUAUCUUAUAUUUAAUGGGCCUGAUUGCAAGAAGUACACGGCUGUUGAGAUACUUGUACUUGUACUUUUACUCCAAAUUGUCCAUAGGUAUGAAUGUGAGUGUGGUUGUUUGUCUAUCUGUGCCCUGUGAUUGGCUGGCGACCAGUCCAGGGUGUACCCCGCCUCUCGCCCGAAGACAGCUGGGAUAGGCUCCAGCACCCCCGCGACCGUCGUGAGGAUAAGCGGUAGAAAAUGAAUGAAUGAUUUGACAGAAAAUAUGUGUGUAAAGGUCUUUGGUACAUAGUAUAUAUACCUGGACUUGGACCUAGAUGAGAUUCAGUCAACUUUGUCAAAGCAGUUUCUUCUGUAGACCACCCCUCUACCUGGGUCAAUGGCUCAAACUGGUCAUUAAACUGUAUCUGAGUCUUACAGUUGUAGCUCUCUCUGGUCAAGCCGGAGCGGAGCUCGCUUCUGUGUCUACCGAAGUGGCUCUUUCUGGCAAGCCGGACUUGAUCAGGACCGGAGCCGCAAUGAACUCAGUGUGAGCCCAGACUAAUUCUUCAUUCAGCAGGACACAUUUUCCUCACACAUCAUGUGGUUGAUCCAAUACUUUUGUCUUUGAUCACUAUCUAUCUGUGUCAUUAUUUGCUAAGGGCGCAUGUCAUUAAGGAAUGGAUGGUGUUAGCUUAAGCGGCUUAGUUGCUGCUGAGUCAUGUCAUGAUUGUUGUGUAUGGAAAUGAAAAAGAUACAAAUGUCGCAAACUUACAGGCUGCUUGUGUCAAACUAAUAAAAAUACAGAUAGAUUGAA